GUGCGCGGAGACCGGAGCUGAGCCGCUGCGCAUCGCCCACCCGUCGCCCGCACAGCCAGCCGCCCGGGAGCCGCCGCGCUGUGGGGACUCGCUGCUAUGACUCUGGAGGAGAUCCACGGACAGGAGCCUGUGCCUGCAGUACACGACUGGAUGCAGGGCGCCGGGAAGGCCCUCCACGAGCUGCUGGUGUCGGCCCAGCGCCGCGGCUGCCUCACCGCCGGCGUCUACGAGUCGGCCAAGCUGAUGAAUGUGGAUCCCGACAACGUUGCUUUCUGCGUGCUGGCCGCAGAUGAGGAAGAUGAGGGGGACAUUGCCCUGCAGAUCCACUUCACUCUGAUCCAGGCCUUCUGCUGCGAGAAUGACAUUGACAUUGUGCGUGUGAACGACGUGGCCAAGCUGGCUGCCAUCGUGGGGCCCAGCGAGGAGUCUGGGGAGCCGCGGGACCUCCACUGCAUCCUCAUCACGAACCCAAAUGAAGAUGGCUGGAAAGACCCAGCUCUAGAAAAGCUGAACUCUUUUUGUGAAGAGAGCCGAAAUGUUAAUGACUGGGUGCCGACAAUCACCUUGCCUGAGUGAUGGUGACCCAGGGCAUUGAGGAGGCUGAGACCUCUUGUUGCAUUCUCAAUGUGGCAUGAGUUCACUAAAGUGUGCAACAAGCUGCUGAUUCCAUGGAUUAGCCUGGUCAAGGGACUGGAUUAAAGUCACUCAGACUGGCAUGCAGUGGGCUCUUACAGAGGAGGAGGAGAGCAGCUCGCCCCACCAGUGAGCCUCAGUAGGCUGUAACCGUGGAGGGGCUGACAUACCAUGGAACUGAAAGAAGUACUACAAGUUUCUUGAUCAAGUGGAGCUGUUUCAGAAGGCAAGAAAGAAAGUUGAGGAAAGUGGGCCAAACCUUUCUAGAAGGACUGGACAGAGUACUGUUAACUAAGAACUGUUGGGUGCUGUCUACAAAACACAGGAGAAAGUUUCAAUAUUUGAUGGACUACCAAGGACUGGUUACUAAAACAGAGACUCUAAAGCAGACAGACUUCAACAGGCCUCUUGGGUCACCCUGCAGAACUGGUUUAAUAAUGCAAUAUUUUUUAUUGAAAUAUUUGCUGCUAUUGAAGCUUUCAUAAUAAAUUUUUGACAAUUAA